GCCCCCCCCCCGCCAGUGCAACGAUGUUGCCGGCGGCAGCUCGCCCCCUGUGGGGGCCGUGUCUCAGGCUUCGAGGCGCUGCGCUCCGCCUCGCCAGGCAGCAGGUGCCCAGCGUGUGUGCAGCGCGGCAGAUGAGAAGCAGCAGCCACCGCAGGGGCGAGGCCCUGGCUGGAGCACCCCUGGAUAACGCCCCCAAGGAGUAUCCCCCCAAGAUCCAGCAGCUGGUCCAGGACAUCGCGAGCCUCACUCUCCUGGAGAUCUCGGACCUGAACGAGCUCUUGAAGAAAACGCUGAAGAUCCAGGACGUGGGACUCAUGGCAGCAGGUGCCACGGUGCCUGGUGCUGUUCCUGUCCCCGCAGCCCCCGAGGAGGCAGAAGAUGACCUCCCCAAACAGAAAGAGCGGACGCACUUCAGUGUCCGCCUGACAGAGGCCAAGCCGGUGGAUAAGGUGAAGCUCAUCAAGGAGAUCAAGAACCACAUCCAGGGCAUCAACCUGGUGCAGGCCAAGAAGCUGGUGGAGUCCCUGCCGCAGGAGAUCCGCGCCAACGUGGCCAAAGCAGAGGCUGAGAAGAUCAAGGCAGCCCUGGAGGCGGCGGGCGGCACGGUGGUUCUGGAGUAGCCCCACUCCGGCAACGGCAGCCCUGGGCCCUGGGACCCACCUGUCUCAGCACCAAGGCGGGGGGCAAGGGCCACAGUGACGGCGUGGCUGGUCCAUCCAGGAGGGACACUCGGACUCCAUGGGGAGGGAGGGCCAGCGCCACUGCAGGAGAGCCCCGGGGGAAGGCUCCGGACGAGCUGUGACUGGACGUGCCCUGGCCAGGCAAAUACACAGCUGAGGUCCUGCGUGUGCCACA